GGUAACCGUUUAAAGGAACUAGGAGAGCGCCAUCAGGCAUUGAUGCGGACGACCUGCCGCGAGUCCGGGGGUUGGGACGGCGCCGGUGGGCUUCGGGGGCUCGACGCCGGCGCUCGGUGGGCCUGGGGGUCGCCGGAGUCGCGAAUUCUGGUCCGCAGCUGAAGUUCAGAGUUUCUUUCUGUCGAACUCGGGAAGGACGGUCCAGAAUCAUGAAGAUCCAGGAGAAACAGCAACAGAAUUAGCAUCGUCCUAACAGAGCUCGGGAAGAAGAUAAGUGAUAUCCAGCCCAAAAUGGAAGUGUGUCCUUACUGUAAGAAACCAUUUAAAAGAUUAAAAUCUCACUUGCCAUACUGUAAAAUGAUCAAAUUGACCAUACCUGCUGAUCAGAAAGUUCAUCAGUCCAGGCCAGCUACUGUCCCAUGUGUUAAAAAAGUGGAAAGGCCGACCAAAGACUUAAUUAAGAGGAAAGAACUAGAAAUAGAGGAUGAGAAAAGAAAUACCAAAUCAAUAAACAACAAACUGGAAAGGACAGUAGCAUCCUUUCCACUACAAGAUACUGACUUGCAAAGAGCAAGUACUCCAAAGGUGGGUGUAGACAUCAAGGCUCAAAGUCACCUUUCCUUCAGAGUGUUAAAAUACACCAAACCAAAGAUUGCCUUCCGGAGAAAAACUAAGGCUCAGUCUUAUCCUUCAAUUAACUCUUCUCCUAAACAAGAACUUGCCAAAGGUUUGCCUAAAUCAGAGGAAAUCCAGUCGAAUUCUUUAGAAACAGAAGUAUCAUUACCCAGUAGUUCAACAGAACCAUCUUUGUCGAAUCAAGGUAGAAAAUACUCCUUAGCUGCACCAAAUGAUGUACAAGCCAAUCCUAUGCAUGUAAAGUUAGACACAAUUGAGCCCCAAAGACAAGGGCUUCCAGUAAAAUCAUUAACUGUACGUACAAGUGAUUGUCAUCAUUCUCUGAAGAACCUCAAUGAUGGAAUACAAACAGUGAGAGCAUCAAUGUUGAACAAGAGUAUUUCCAGAGACAGAAGCUAUGUGCCAGCACACUCUGCUGACAUUGGAAACCCUAAGGCUCAGGGAAAGAACUCAGAAUCACUUGUUUUAGGCCCUCACCCCAACCCAUUAAAUCCAAUUUCAGUUGAGAACCAAGUUGUGGGACUUGGCUGUGGAGUGGAGGUACGUCAGGCCCAGGGAAAUGCUGAGGACAGCAUGCUUGUGACAGAUUUGCAGGAACGGGCUUCUGUGACUGGUGGCUGUAAGAACUUCACUGGCAGCUCUGCCACCAAGGAGAAACAGCAAGCUGGAGAUUCACUUUUAAACCUGUUCUCUCUGCGAGAGGCAACGUACAAUGAGUUUCUUUGUGUAUCACCAUCAGACCAUCAGAAUCUUGCCUCUGUGUCCAUGAAAGGUCUUCAAGGAGAGAAAGUGCAAGUCUGUGGUCAUAAUCAGGUCCCCGAUGUCAAACUCUUACUAGAAGGGCAGGUACUCCCUGCCUUGGAGCCUUACUCUGCCUGUCACCAUCAAGCAUUAAACCAGCAGUCUACCCAGUAUAUUUCUAAAAGCUCCCUCGUCAGUCAUAUUGCUAUUGACAGAAAGCCCCCUCCCAGCCCCAUGGGGCUGGAGUGGUUUCCAGAUCUCUAUCCUGGAUAUGUUGAAUUAGGGGUGUUGCCAAGGAAGCCUCGGUUUUGGAACUCAGUGGCCCAGAAACCCCAGCUUGCCAGUCCCCUGGGGGGACAUCUUUCACAAGUUCUUUUGUUGGAAAGAAGCUCGGCUGGUGUAAAGAGUUUGGAACCCCCGACUGGGCUUACAACCUCCAACUUCCCUGUAACGAGACUCUUGGGCGCUCUGCACAAAGGCUGGAUCAUGUGUAACACCACCAUAAAGAAGAGCGGAGUUGGUGGCAUCACAAUGCUUUUCACGGGGUACUUCCUCCUGGGUUGUAGCUGGAGUUUCAAGCAUCUGAGUAAGCUCUUCCACCCUUGUAAUAUAAAUGACAGGUCCUCCCAUUAUGGGGGCUUUAAGGGGCUUUUCAUAGUAAUCUCACAGUGUCUGGCAUGCCUGAGUAAAUGAGAAGUUACUGCCUGUUUUUGUUCCUUAAGGCCUGUAUAUUGAUUGACAUUUACAUAACUGCACAUUUACUCAUGCACUGGGGCUCUAGUGGUCUUCUAUAAACUGUUUCCCUACAUGGAUUCAUCCCUGUGCUUAGGACAGCAUAUUAAUCUACACUAUUUAUUUAAUUGACUAUUUGUGAGAUGGAGCCUUGCCUCCAGUGGUAGAGCAUUGACCAAGCAAACCAGCAUAAAGCCAUGAGUUCAAACCCCAGUGCCACCAGAGAAGAAUUGAGAAAAAAAAAAUGGAGCCUUGCUAUGUAGAUACUGCAGCUACAACUAUGUGUUGCUGCUGGGCUUGAAUCAGGUCCCUUAUUCUCUUGCUUGGCUUUUUCACUCAAGGCUAGCACUCUACCACUUCAACCGUAG